CUAGUUUCUCCCUUUUAAUUGAUCAUUCGAAUGAAGUCUUAGAUUUGGGAUUGAAUCGUUCGUUGCAUCGAUUAGAAACCCUAAUUGUUGGAAUCUGUUGCUGAUUUUGCUUAGUUUGUACAGACUAAUGGCUACAGCUACGUAUCCACCUCCUCCACCGUAUUACAGACUCUACAAGGAUUACUCAGAAAACCCUAACUCUGCUCCUGAACCUCCUCCUCCCAUUGAAGGCACCUACGUUUGUUUCGGAGGCAACUAUACUACUGAAGAUGUUCUUCCAAGCUUAGAAGAACAAGGAGUGCCUCAACUUUAUCCCAAAGAUUCUAAUGUUGAUUACAAGAAGGAACUCAGGUCGUUGAAUAGAGAACUACAGUUACAUAUACUGGAGCUUGCUGAUGUUCUUGUUGAUAGACCUUCUCAAUAUGCAAAGAGGAUUGGUGAAAUUUCUUCAAUCUUCAAGAAUUUGCAUCACCUUCUCAAUUCCUUGAGGCCUCACCAAGCGAGAGCAACGCUUAUUCACAUUAUGGAACUUCAAAUUCAACAGAGGAAACAAGCUGUGGAGGACAUUAAGAGGAGAAGAGAAGAAGCACAACGACUUCUAAAGGAUGCUUUCGUCACUUUGGAUGGAUAAUAAAGUGUUUUUUUUUUAAAACCCAUUUUGUGUAAAUUAGCGCUAAUAAUAACCUUUGCCCUCGAAACUCAUUUUGAUUGUGUUUAGUUUGGCAAUCAACCAAUACACUGUAA